AUGCCCGGCCGGGAGGCUUUGCAGGAGUUGAAGGAGAUGAAAUCCAUGGGUUUCAACCUGCUGCGCCUCCAUGCUGCUGUGAUGCCAGCCGCUUUCUACCACUUCUGCGACGUGCAGGGUUUGCUGGUCUGGCAAGACUUCCCUGCGGGCGACGGUCGCGCGCUGCCUUUGUGGGACGCUGCUCGGGGCGUGGUGGAACAGAAAGGUGGCCUGGCGAGCCCCUUGGACUUGGAUGAGAUCAGCAGAACCCAGGAGUCUGAAGUCAACUUCUGGCAGGAACUUCAGGCGGUGAUUUCCUGGCUACGGCCCUUUGCCUCGAUUGUAUGCUGGGUUCCCUUCAAUGAGGGCUGGGGCCAGUUCCAGUCCAUGCAAGUGGUGCAGUGGCUGCGACAAUUUGGUGGUGAUCGUUGGAUCAACAUGGCCAGCGGCUGGAACGACGUGGCGGAUUUGUUUCCAGGGAUGGAUGGAGGAGACGUGGUGGACGCGCAUAACUACGAGCAGCAGCCGUAUGAUGGCCUGCGCAGCACCUUCCAGCUAUGGCCUUUGCCCCUGGCCGGCCGUGCGCUGGUCCUGGGCGAAUACGGUGGUUUGGGCUUCCCCAUGGAGGGCCAUGAGUGGUCGCCCGCGACUUCCUGGGCUUAUGGGAAUGUCAGCAUGACUUCGGAGGACUUUGCCCAGCGACUGCUCUCCCUGGGCGCGCGGCUGCAGGAACUGCUCUGCGAGAACUGGAUUUCAGGGGUGGUUUACACUCAGUGGAACGACAUUGAGGAAGAAGUGAAUGGCUUGGUCACCUAUGACCGUGUCGCCAAGCUCUCCAGGAGCAUUGUGGCGAACUUCAACCAGCAACUCAAGGCUACAUCUUUGAUCAUGGACCAUGUCACUAUCCGAAGCAAUCUGAAUUACUGCCAUCACACUUUGAGCGAUGGGCGCCUCACUGCCGUGGUCGCCAGGGCGCGCUUCAACUGCCGCCGUGUGGCCAUGCCGGCAGUCUCGCUGUUGACCUUUGAUGAGAAUAAUCCCAAGGCACUGGGCAUUGGGCCUACAGGCAAGAGGGCAUUCUACCAGAAGAGCUCAUCUAUAAGCCUGUCACCCAGCUGCACAAUGGCCAAUGGCUGGCAAGGGGUGGAGGCCUUCCAUGACAAGAACCUGUCGCCGCGCUUGGUGAAACUCAGGUUCGACUUCUUCGAGGCCAAAAGGAGAGAUCUGCUGGCCGCAGCGCGGAGGGCGCGAGAACAUCUGGUGACAGAAACCAAGGAGAAUCAAAAUCAACAGCUGGCCAUGGUCGCACAAGAAAGUGGCCUGAGCAAAGGCGCCAUCCUGGCCUUGAACAGCGACACCUUGAAACUGGAGCGCCAGAAACUGCUCAGAGCCCAAGAGACGGAACGACACCUGGCGGGUGGGGCUGGAAAGUGGUUGAACCAGGCCUUGGAGAUCGAGUUGAAAAACCUCAAGGACUUGGAAUCGGCCAAUGAGUUCUUGGACAGCGCCGCCAAAGACACGCAGGCGUACUUCCGCGAGCAGUCUCGGAAGAUGAAAGAGAUGAACGACCGCCGGGCGGCGGAAGAAGAGCGAAAGCAGUUGGAAAUGGAGGCCCGGCAGAAGUUGGAGAAGCAGCUGGCAAAGGAAGAGUUUCACCGACAGCAGCUGGAAAUGCAACGGAAGAGGAAGGAAGAGGCCAAAAGGCUAAAAGAAGCGCAUGAAAGACAGCUCAAAGAAGCUGAGAGGAAGCGCGAGAUCGAACGUGAGAAGGCGGCCAAGCGAGAGCAGGAGCAUCGGGAGCUCCAAGCGCGGAAGGAGGAGAUGCGGGCGCAGGAUCAGCGCAGGAUGGACAUCAUGGCGCAGAAACAGGAGGCCUUCCAGGAGUUUAUGCGCGAACGGAAAGAUGCAAGAGAUAUGAAGAUCUACAAGAGCAUCCUCGCGAACCAACACUUCGAGCAGAAAAGGCGUGACGAUUUCGAGAAGAAGCAACAAGAUGAAGCUUCAAGGGAGGAGCGUUUGUUGCAAGCCAUGGCUGAAAAGCAAGAGGAAAAUGCCAAGAAAUCUUUCCAGACCCUGAUGCGCCGGAAAGUCAUUGCGGAAGAAGGUGCCAAGAGGGCGGAGGAUCGGCGGCAAGCGAUUCUGGACCAACAGGAGGAGACCGAAUACCGGCUGAUGGAACAUGAAGCCAAGAAGGAGCGCUACUUGGAUUUCAAGCGCGAACUGGACGGCCUGCGUGCCAAGAACAAGGAGAUCAACGUGGAACGGCAGCGGCGUCGCGAGGAUGCGGAACGCGAAGCCAUCGCGGAGGCGGUGAAGAAGAAGGAUGAGAAGAUCGACCACCUGAACGCGGAGCGGCAGCGCAUGUGGGAGCUGCGUAAGGCCGCACAGGCUGAGGCCUACAAGGCUCGAGAGUGCGUCAAGGAGGAGAUCCUGAAACAACGUAUCGAGUCCAAAUUUAACUCCAAGAAGGUCGAGGGAAAGUUGGGUACCUUGAUGCAGAGCGACCUCUUUAGCGCCAAGAUCCUCCAGAGCACCUCCGUCCCUGCGCUGCACUGAGUGCGAAGCCUUGCGAAGCCUUGCGGCGUUGGGGGAUGAAGGACGAUAAGGACGUCACUUGCAAUGACCCUGC